UUGCACAAAACAAAAAGCACGACAACAGAACAACUCCAUAUCCAAUCAUGAAUUGCUAAUUCUUGUAUUUGCCUCUACCUAAUAACCCAACUUUUUCUUUUUCCUUCGUUUUCUCAGCGACCAAACAACAAAAUUCCUUUUUGGAAUUUUUUCUUUUUUUAUAAUCAUGGAAGUGGAGGUGAAACUUCGGCUUCCAAACUCGCAAGCCCAUGAAAACCUCUCUAAAAUCCUCUCGCCAUUCCAUACCAAAACACUAAUCCAAGAAAAUGUCUUUUUCGACACAACCAAGUCCCAACUCACAUCAAGCCUCGCCAUUCUUCGUCUCCGUUUUUACAAUCAAGAUUCUCAAUGCAUUCUCUCCUUAAAAUCCAAACCCACAAUCUCAAACGGCAUCAGCCGCGUAGGGGAGCAAGAAGAGCUCAUCGACCCAUUGAUUGGACGCAUGUGUGGAGCUGAGCCAUGGCGGUUACGAUCAUUGGAGGGGUCAACGAUUAUGAGGAGAGUUAGAGAGGAAUUUGGGGUUAAAGAGAAUGAUGGGUUUGUUUGUUUAGGUGGGUUCAAGAAUGUGAGACAAGUGUUUGAUUGGAAAGGAUUAAAAUUGGAAGUUGAUGAGAGUAUUUAUGAUUUUGGAACUUGUUAUGAAAUUGAGUGUGAGAGUAAAGAGCCUGGAAAAGAUAAGAAAUUGAUUGAAGAGUUGUUGAUGGAUAAUGGGAUUGAGUUUUGUUACUCUGAGGUUAAUAAAUUUGCUGUUUUUCGAUCUGGGAAGUUGCCUUAGUGUGUGAAGUUUUGGAUUCGAUUGUCGCAGUGCUUGUUUCAAGAGUACUUGUAUUAAUGUUAGUAUAUUUCAGUUGUUAAUUCAUAUGAAGAUAUGUUCAUUUCUUGCUUUUAUUAACUCUGCAUUUAAGCUCAAUGUUUAUGUUUGAAGAACUUUUCCUGCUUUGGAGUUUUGUCCGGAUGAUUUUAAGUACUUCUAUUAGCAUUCUCCACUGAGGGAUGUCUCAAAUUCGCAAGCAAGUGAAGGGAAUUCAUGCGGAAAAGUUUGAUUGCUGUGCACAUAAUAUGUGUAAAUCAGAUUUUUUGAAGUUAAUAGAGGAUUUGUCCACUCAUGUGCCUGGAAAGCAUUGUGCAGUAGUAAUUGGUAUGCUGUCAAAGCAAAUGUGUUCAACUUAGCACUCGAUUGCUAGCAAUAUAUGAACCAGUGGGCGUUAAUAAAGCAGAGUAUGUUAUUAGAUUGUU